AUGGCGACGGCAACCGAUUCACGGCGGACUUGGGGCGGUGCUCAGGGAUCAAUCAUGACCCUGAUCAUCUUGAUCCUGACCCUUAGCCUUAGCCCUCUUCCUACACAAGCCCAAUUGAAAACUGAUUUUUACAAAAACAUUUGCCCAAAUGUUGAAUCCCUUGUUAGAUCAGCCGUCACCCAAAAAUUCCAACAAACCUUUGUCACCGUUCCUGCCACUCUACGUCUCUUCUUCCACGAUUGCUUCGUCAGGGGUUGCGAUGCUUCGGUCCUACUAGCAGGACCGACGGGAAAGGUAGAGAAGGAUCACCCCGACGACAUCUCGUUGGCUGGAGAUGGAUUCGAUACGGUUGUCAAGGCGAAAGCUGCUGUGGACAAAGAUUCUCGAUGCACCAAUAAAGUGUCGUGCGCAGAUAUUUUGGCUUUAGCCACUAGAGAUGUUGUGUCGUUGGCUGGUGGCCCGUUUUAUCAAGUGGAGCUUGGAAGGCGCGAUGGAAGAAUCUCAACCAUAGCUAGUGUCCAACAUAGUCUUCCCCAACCUGAAUUCAAUCUUGACAAACUCAAUACUAUGUUCUCCUCCCAUGGUCUCUCACAAACCGACAUGAUUGCUCUUUCAGGAGCCCACACCCUCGGGUUUUCUCAUUGCGGGAAGUUCUCAAAGAGGAUCUACAACUUCAGUCCUAAAAACAAGAUUGACCCGACUUUGAACUUAGCAUACGCCCUUCAACUCAGACAGAUGUGCCCGGUAAAGGUUGACCCGAGAAUCGCGAUCAACAUGGAUCCGACAACUCCACAGAUAUUCGACAAUGCCUAUUACAAGAACCUUCAACAAGGGAAGGGUCUAUUCACCUCCGACCAGAUACUUUUCACCGACCCCAGGUCUCGCAAUACCGUCAAUCUCUUCGCCUCUAACGCUAACGCGUUCAACCAGGCGUUUAUUAGUGCUAUCACCAAGCUUGGUCGUGUUGGGGUUAAGACUGGAAACGCUGGGGAGAUACGUCGGGACUGCUCAUUUAUCAACUAGAGGAAAUCUUAUUUUUAUUUUUUAAUGUGACUUUUCUAAAUCAUAUUUUAUUUGUAGUACUAAUAAUUUGUGUAAGAUCAACCAUUAUCCAAUAAAAGUUGACUUAAAAUUAGUUUUUUUAUUAUU